AUGGAUGAAUUUCAACAAUUUCUCAACCUAAACGUAAAUAUCAUAUUGUCAGUGGAAGCAAUUAGCUCAAUUCUUACUUGUUUCUUAAGCAUUCGCGAAGUUAAAGUAAACGAUCAAUUUAUUCAUGAACAAAUCCAAGAAGUUAACGAUCAACGCGCUAAAUUUAUAACAUUUUGUUAUGAUACUAAAUCUUUAAGUAACGCAUUGGUUAAUUAUUCUAAUGAUAUUUUAUCAACGGUUAAAGUUAUUGAAGAAAAAAAUUUUAAAAGAGAAGAUCUCCUUGCGGAAUAUAGUGAAAAAACCAUUAAAGGAAAUAUCAAAUCAGAUACUAAACAAGAAUUGUUGUCUACAGUGGAAAUAAAAAAUGCCCUUAAAAAGGUCCGAAAUUAUACUAAUGUUAUUGGAGUUACUUUUACUGGAGUUUCAGUAGCUGCUGGAGUUGCUGGAGCGACUGGAGCUGCUUUGUGCAUUUACAAUCCAGCAUUAAUUCCUUUAUUUUCUGAGAAGAUUAGACUCAUAUUAACAUUUAUUACUUUAUCAUGUUCGUCCAGCGCAAGUUGUGUCAAUACCACGAAGCUUAAAACUCAUGUGGAGAUGACGAAAAUUGACAAUAAAAUUAUAGAAUUGAAUGCAAAACUUAAAGAUGAAAGAGAUCAAUUAGAACAUGUUAUUAAAAUAGUUGAAAUAGAACUUAGAGAUAUUAUUAAGAAUAUAAAUAGUAUUGUAACUCACUGGGAAGGGCAAGUAAAUUCUUUAGAAGCAAACAUCGAUAAAUUAGAGAGAGGACAACUAAACCAAAAUUUAAAUAUAUUUGACAUAAGCGCUAUUUCUAAAAAUGCCAAUGAAGUAAAAAAAUCGGCUCAAGAAUAUCACUGGAUAAUGAAUUUGAUAUUAACACAAGAAAGUCUGAUUAGAUAA